UAAGUAGUUUUGGCGCGGGUUCGUUGACGAGAAACAGAGAACCCCGCCUUUUAUGUUGGCGCCAGAAACUUUGGUUAGGUUUUGUUUCGUCGUCUUAAUCGUUACCUUUCCUGAUUUUAGGAUUCUCCACUUUCUCCCGAAAACCUCUUAGUUUUUACUGGACUCACAUGGCGACCGAAACCCUAGAAGGGAAGAGACCGGGAGUCGAAUCCUCCCCGGCGAAGGAGAAAGAAGUAGCGGAGAGGAAGAACGAGGAUGAAUUGGAAGAUAUAAAAAGCGAGGAGGAGAAAGUGGAGACUCAGAGGAGUAGGGAAAGGCCAACGAGGGAGAGAAAGAAGGUUGAGCUUUUCUCCCUCUCUACUCCUCUGCGCCCUACACCCGCCAAGUCCUUUUCUAUUGAAAAGGGUCGUGGAACACUACUCAGGGAUAUUCCAAAUGUGGCUCAUCAACUAUCCAAGCGAAAAGCUGACGACAACCUGAUCUUACUACACACCAUUCUGUAUGGGAAGAAAGCAAAGGCACAGAUGGUCAAGAAAAACAUUGGUCAGUUUUCUGGCUUUGUAUGGUUAGAGAAAGAGGAGGAGAAGCAAAGAGCACGAGUAAAGGAGAAACUUGACAAAUGCAUAAAAGACAAGUUAAUCUUUUUCUGUGAUGUACUUGAUAUACCUAUAAGCAGAAGCAGCAUUAAAAAGGAAGAAGUAGCUGCCAAGGUGCUUGACUUUUUGGAAUCUCCCAAGGCAUCACGAGAUGUUUUACUUGCUGAUCGAGAAAAGCAAACCAAGAAGCGCAAGAGCACACAGAAAAAGAGGAAAUCUGCAGCAUCUUCAGAUACCCCAGCCAAGAGGAAAAGGCAAACAAAAAAGCAAGAUCAUCCAUCUGACACAGAAGAAGGCAAGGGUGAGGAUGAUUCUGAUUCCGAAGGCACUAAGGAUACACAUGAUGAAGAUGAUGCGGCACCAGAAGAAGAUAGUGACCAUGAGAAAACUGAAGAUGAGAAAGACGAAGCCGAAGAUGAGAAGCCAUCUGCUAAGAAAAUCUCAUCGAAGAAGAUUAAAGAGGACAGCUCAGCAGGUACCAAAGGGAAAGAUAAACAAGCGUCUGCCAAAGUUUCCAAGAAAUCUGGUGAAAAGUCCUCCAAAAGAGUUGCUAACUCAACUUCAUCCCCAGCCAAGAAGCAAAAGGUUGACCAUGAGGAGUCUUCUAAAGGGAAAAGCAAGAAACAGUCAGUUAAGCCACAGGCUAAUGGAUCCAAAAACAAAGGGAAAGGCACUAAGAAAGGGAAAGUAGAGCCAACCAGAGAAGAGAUGCUUGAAUUUGUCUCCAAAAUUCUCAAGGAAGUAGACUUCAACACGGCUACAUUAUCAACUAUUCUGAAGAAGCUAAGUGACCAUUUCGGUGUUGAUCUCUCGCAUAGAAAACCAGAGGUGAAGGAGGUUAUCCAAGAUGCUAUAAAUGAAAUGACUGAUGAUGAAGUAGAAGACGAAGACGAAAAAUCUGAGGCUGGAAGUGACGAGGAGAAGGAAGAAGAAGAGAAAAAAGCUGAGGCUGAAAGUAGCAAAGAGAAGGAUGAAGAAGAGGAAAAAGCUGAGGCUGAAAGUAACAAAGAGAAGGAUGAAGACGAGGAAAAGCUAAAGGAUUAAGGUGUUAGUGAGUUUCUUCUCUCAAAGAUCUGAUGUGAAGAGAAGCAAAACUUAUCAACACUGUGCACGUGAUAGUUUGUGAGUGUUAUGUAAUCUCUAUAGUUUCAUCAUAUGUAUUAUGUAGUUUCAGUGACUUCUUCUUGUGUAGCUGUUACUUGUUAGGUCUUCUAAUCCUUGUCGUAUUUGCUGCCACUUACUGGAAAUUUUAUGUUUCUGGGUUUAUUUUUAGUUUAAAGACAUC